AUGGCUGUGCAAAGACUUGUGCCGGCACAAGGACGGAUGAAGAGAGAUAUUGCCAUGCUAAAGGACCAUCCAAAGGUCAGAGGUUUGGCUGUUGGCAGUUGGCUGCCCUUUCACCAGCCAAAAUCUAUUACUGUACAAAUGGAAAUCCCCAGCUUAUCUUUAGGCACAUGUUUGUCAAAUUCUGGGAUGGUCCAAUCAAGAUACAAAAUCAUGCUGUGA